AUGGAGCGCAGUUUGUUCGUUGCUGCUGUGCUUCUGCUGCAUCUGGGAGUCCGCUUAGCAGCAGCAGGAGGGGCUCCUGUCGUCUCUGUCGAAGCAGAACCUGCUGCUGCUGCUGCUGCUGCUGCAGCAGCAGAGCAGCAGCAGCAGCUACCGAGCCGCGUCAUUGCCCGCUUUUCGUUGAACAGCAAAGACUACUACGAGCUGCCUAUAAACCUGGGGCCCGGGGGCAAAGGACUGCAGCAUAAGAGGGGCCCUUUUGCUGGUGCUUUAAAUGGAGCUUUUGCUGCUGUUGUUUCUCUGGUACUUAUUACUUUGUUUAAUGAUUCAUUAGCUGCAGCAAAAAGAAGAAGGCAGCAGCAGCAGCGGCGGCGGCAGGCCCAUUCUCUUGCUGGCCAACGGCUUGCUGCUGCUGCUGCUAUGAGGCGAGCAGCAGACCUGCUGCUGCAGCACCAGCAGCAGGUGCGAGACCAGCGCCUACACAAGCAGCAGCAGCAGCAGCAGCAGCAAGAGCAGCAGCAGCCGCAGCAGCAUCGACAACAGCAGCAGCAGCAGCAACAACAACAACAAGAGCAGCAGCAGCCGUGGCACCAGAACGAGCAGCUGCAGCAGCAGCAGCAGCAGCAGCAGCGUAAGGAGAUGAUACUUGCUGCAGCAGACCUGGAAAAGAAACUUCUCCCUUUGGAAGAGCUGCUGCCAGAAACAGCAGAAGUGGGGCAGCAGCUCAGAGACCGCCUUUUGCUGGCAGCAGGAGCUUUCACUGCGCGGCAGCUGCAGCUGAUGCAGCAGCAGCGGCAGCAGCAGCAGCAGCAACAGCAGCAGCAGGAAGAAGGGGGGCAGCAGAGUCACAGUGCCGCCUCACGCCGAGACAGAAACGCCUUAAGCGCAGCAGCUACUGCAGCACACAGCAGCAGCAGCAGCAGCAGCAGCAGCAAGCCCUCACUGGCGGGCAUGGGCCCCCCAGAAGCAGCAGGGGGGCCCCUCGAGGGCCCCCUGUGGCUCGCAGAGGAGGUGUGGGGCCCCCCAGGGGGGCCCCUCGAAGGUGUCUGGGGUCCCCUUGGGGGACCCCCUGGGGCCCCCUUAGGGGGCCCCCCUGGGGGGCCCCUUUGGGGCCCCCAAGGAGACCCUUUUGAGACCCAAGAGCCCUCUUUUCUGCUGCGUCUCAACAGACUUUCUUUGCUGCUUUCUGAGAAUGCCAUUACUUCAAGUCGAGAUGCUUUUCAAAUACUAAAUGCCCUAGAGGGGCCCCCAGAGGGGCCCCUAGGGGGGCCCCCAGAGGGGCCCCUAGGGGCGCCCCCAGAGGGGCCCCUAGGGGGGCCCCCAGAGGGGCCCCUCUAG